CAAAAAUAAAAAUAUGUUUGUUUCCCCUCGCCCCGACCGGGUCAAAAAAAAGGGCCCGGGUCAAAAGUUUUUUUGCCAAAAAAUUGCGAUGUUUUUUUUUUUUAUUUCCGUAAAAAAAUCGUGUCCGCUCCGUGUCGGUUCUAGACGUUACUUCUGCUUUUUUCGGAAGUUACCGGGAUUUAUCGAUACUUGAAAAAAUGGGUGACAGAAUAGCGUUGUCGUCUACUGUAAAGAUAAAAUACAAACACACAUCUAAAGUUGUGCCCAUAAUAGUCAACAGACUCUACAGUUUCUCCAAACACUGUACAUGGAAUGAGGUUUUGAAUGAUUUGACAGCGGACGGCGACCAUAACAUAGACAAGUUGGACGAAGUAACUGUCACCGUGUCGGACAAACUUGCCAACGGUGUAACUUUUGAGCCAGAUUUUGAAGAACAGAUACAAGUGGUUCACAACUUUGAUAAAAAAUUGAAAUAUGUACAAUUUGACGUGAUAAGAGACUUAGAACCAAAUAACAAUGUACCAAAAGGUCAAAAUCCUCCUACAUGUCCUACAGCUUUCGAUGUUUUGAUGAGAAAGUCCAGCACACUGACAAAGCUCCCUCAAAAGAUUGAUGAAGCCUCUCCCAGAUUUACAGGGUCGCAGCUAUACAUUUGUGAGGGGGUGGACAGGGGUGUCUCCAAUUCCCUCGAGAUUUAAGAGCCUUGAAGCACACAACAGAUAAAUAUGACUACACUUGCAGGGCAAUUUUAGCACCAGAAGGUUUGUAUAUUUAUUGACAAUAUUGUGAUUAAAUGACACUAAAUAAGACUGGCAUUUCUGACAGAACCAAAGCACAAGUAUGUUCAUUUGUUUAUCAUCAUGAUGAUCAAUAUCAUAAACAAUGGAUACAUGAACUAAGAUGAAUAUUCACUGUUCAAAUCUUUUUAAUCAAAUGACAAAAUGUCAGAAGAACAGAAAUUGGAUUUGUGUGUUUGUCCACAUUCAAUCUGUAUCCUUGCAUUGUUCAAAAAUUUAAAUGCUUUUUGUAGGCCUUAUAUACAUGUGCAGGAUAAAACAUGUUUGCAUCUACCAUGCAUAUUCCCCUUUUUCACUCUCCAAAAGGACAUUCAGUAUUAAAUGCACAAUCUGUGGAAAUUAUGUUUUUGGCAGCCUUUAUAUUUACAGUCAUUGAAUGAUAACAUCUUUAUAAUAUUUGUAUCAUUGAAGUAAUGGAAGUAGGGAUGAAUCUUUGAAUUUAACCUUGGGUAAUCUGAAAAAGAAAAUAAAGAGCACAAAAACAUUAAAAUCAAUUUUUUUCUCUGACAAGUGUUUUUUUUUUGGCACUUUCAGGGGAUGUUCUACAUGGAAAAGUUUUCACAAGACUCCAGCUUGCAUGUACCAGUCACAUUGAAUUUGCAUACUACAGCUCGGAUGUUGGCCGCAAAGACAUAUGUGCAUAUUGUGUUGCAACAGAGAUCCAAAAGGACAAGGACUUGUGCAAAAACUUUAAAGUUGUGCUGCCAGUUUGUGACUUGUGUCGUUCAAAAAAAUUGGAAGUCCCAAAGAGAAAUCCAAUUAAGAAAUAGUUAAUUCUAGUCUGACAAUCAGUUAAUUUUAGUCUGAUAUUCAUCCU